UGAAGAAUCUAGCUUCGGCUGUUUUCUUACUUUGGAGGGAGAGAGGAAGUGUCAGGGCAGUUUUGCGUGUGUGUGCAUGCGUGUGUAUGUGUGUGUUUGUGUGCGUGCAUGUGUGAGUGAGUGUGUGUAACUGUGAGUGUACGUUUGUGUCUGCCUUUGGAGUUACCGCCAUGGAGAGCUUGGACAUGGAGAAGCAAAGCAAGCGCUACUGCAUCCGUGGGAAACACGCCAUCAUCAUCUGUGCCGUCGUCAUAGUUACCGGCCUUGCCGUCGGUUUAGGGGUUGGCCUGAGCCGGGACAAAGGGGAAGGGACCGUACCCCCCGUGCCCACUUCCGUGCCCACUUCCGUGCCCCCCACGCAACCGCCGAAUGACAGGGGUCCCUGCCUGCCUUCUGAUAAUGACAACGGGGACUGGAAAAACUUCCGGCUUCCCAACUACAUCGUACCAAACCAUUAUGACCUUCACCUGGAGCCUGACCUGGACACGGACAAAUACACUGGCACCGUGUCCAUUACCCUGAACUUGACCCAACGAAGCUCUCACCUGUGGCUGCACAUCCGAGAAACCUUCGUUAGCGCCGUGCCCACACUGCAACGCCAGGGCCCCAACGGAGAGACCACCAACAUAGGGGUGAAGGGGUGUUUUGAGUACAAACCGCAAGAAUAUGUGGUGAUAGAAACAACUAAUGAGCUACAAGUGACAGGAGCAGGUGAACACUACAUUCUCACCCUGCACUUUGAGGGCUCCCUGACUGGAUCUCUGGUCGGCUUCUACAGAACCACCUAUGUGGAAGAUGGAGUCACUAAGAAAAUUGCUGCCACAGACCAUGAGCCCACUGAUGCUCGCAAAUCUUUCCCCUGCUUUGAUGAACCAAACAAAAAAGCCACGUAUACCAUCUCUAUCACACACGACAAUAAAUACGGAGCCCUCUCCAACAUGCCAGUAGAGAAAACUGAAAAAAUCUCAGACGGCAUCAAUAGAACCACCUUCAAGAAGUCUGUGAAGAUGAGCACUUAUCUGGUGUGUUUUGCUGUGCAUCAGUUUGAUUUUGUGGAACGCAUAUCUGCACGAGGAAUCCCUCUGCGAAUCUAUGCCCAACCUCGGCAAAUCCACACCGCCGAGUACGCUGCAGACGUCACCAAGAUCAUCUUUGACUACUUUGAAGAGUACUUCGCUAUGCCUUACUCAAUUGAGAAGCUUGAUAAGAUUGCUAUUCCAGACUUUGGGACCGGCGCUAUGGAAAACUGGGGACUGAUUACGUACAGAGAGACCAACCUGCUUUAUGACGAGAAAGAGUCAUCCUCUGACAACAAACAACGUGUUGCUAGUGUUAUCUCUCAUGAGCUUGUACAUCAGUGGUUUGGCAACAUUGUGACAAUGGACUGGUGGGAUGACCUGUGGCUGAACGAGGGUUUUGCAAGUUUCUUUGAGUACGUUGGAGUGGAACAGGCGGAGCCAACAUGGGGAAUGCGGGACAUCAUGCUCGUCAGUGAUGUACUUCCUGUCAUGGUUGACGACGCCCUUCUCUCAUCCCAUCCAAUCAUAGUGGAUGUAUCCACCCCGGCCGAAAUCACCUCAGUCUUCGAUUCCAUCUCCUAUAGCAAGGGUGCAUCCAUUCUGAGAAUGCUGGAAGACCUGCUUGGUCGGGAGACAUUUAGGGACGGCUGUCGGAAAUAUCUGCAGAUGUUCCCCUUCCAGAAUGCAAAAACAGCAGACUUCUGGCGGGCCCAGGCUGAGGUGAGUAAUCAACCUGUGGCAGAAAUCAUGGACACUUGGACCAAACAGAUGGGUUAUCCAGUUCUGAGUCUUACCACAACAGCUACAGACGCCAAACUCACCCAAAGAAGGUUCCUCCUCGAUCCCAACGCCGAUAUCUCCCAGCCUCCGACACCACUGGGGUAUAAAUGGAAAAUUCCUGUGAAGUGGCAUUCGCUGAACACCAAUAAGAACGUCUCUGUUAUGUUCGAUUCAGCAGAGUCAGAGUUUGUCAUAGCGAACUACUCGCCAGCCACGGACGGUCUGAUUAAAGUUAAUAACGACCACAUGGGUUUUUACCGUGUUACUUACUCUGACAGUAUGUGGGACUCUAUCAGUCAGCAACUCCUCACAAAUCACCUGGAGUUUGAUGCAGCUGACAGGAGUGGCUACAUCGAUGAUGUUUUUGCUUUGGGACGGGCUGACGUUGUUGAUUACGGAAAUGCCUUCAACCUGACCAAAUAUCUGACCAAUGAAACAGAGUAUAUAGUGUGGAAUCGGGUUUCUUCCUCCACUUCCUAUGUGAGAAAUAUGCUGGAGGAUGAUUCAGAGCUCUACCCUAAAUUCCAGAAACUAUUCCGUGACCAUGUGCAGAAGAUCUCUAGACAGUUGGGGUGGAAUGACGUGGGUAGUCAAACAGAGCGGCUGCUGAGGCAGACGGUUCUGAGCAUCGCCUGCAGGAUGGGUGAUUCGGAGAUUCUUAACGAGGCCUCUAAUCUUUUCGAUCAGUGGAUUGACGGAACAAUCAGCAGUAUCGGGGUGAACCUUCGUCUGUUGGUGUAUCAGUAUGGCAUGAAAAACGCUGGGACACCAGAGAAGUGGGAGAAGAUGUUCGAGAGGUACCUCUCCUCCCCACUCGCCCAGGAGAAGGACAAGCUACUCUAUGGUCUUGCCUCUGUGGAGGACGUCUCACUUCUGAACCGGUUGCUGGAAGCCUGUAAAAAUGAGAGUAUCGUGCGUAGUCAGGACUUGUUCACCGUCGUCAGAUAUGUCUCCCAGAACAAAUAUGGCAAAAGCAUGGCAUGGGACUGGGUGACCCUCAACUGGGACUACCUUGUGGAUAGAUACACCAUCAACGACAGGAACCUUGGUCGUCUGAUCACCAACAUCUCCCCAACAUACAAUACGGAACUUCAGCUGUGGAAGAUGGAGCACUUCUUUGCUCUGAACCCGAAUGCGGGCGCUGGGGAAAUGCCCAGGCAGCAGGCUCUUGAGACAGCAAAGAACAACAUUGAGUGGAUGCGACGCAACCGUGAGGAGAUCCGGGUGUGGCUGGAAAACAACGUGUCGUUGUGACGUCGCCGAAGUCACCAUUAACCACAGCACCCACCUCUACAAACACAUGACAAUCAUCAAUUACUUUUCUACAUAAAGGAUGUAAAAGUCACCGAGAGUUUUAGCCUGUGCAGAAUGAAUCUGUAUUGUUAGACUGUUUGGUCAGUGGUAGUUGCUAUCCUAUUUAUCAAGGGCUACAAUAUUCUGAAGGGAUUGUUGUUGAUAUGGUACACUGAUAAUCCAAUAAACAAUUGCUCUAGUUAUUUAUGUGUCACACCAUUAAUAAUGUAGUUUCAAAUGUUAGACUACCAGAUAGUUAUGAAGCCAAAGCCUCCAGUGCCUAUGAGGUAACUUAACUCCAUUUCUCACACGUGCUUAUGUCACAGAACAGAUACACACAAUAUCUGUUUGGUUUUUUGGGGGUUGCUUUGGUUGAAUUAUGAGAUCUGGUCUAUCAAACUGGGUAAACCCCAUUCUUCAUACUUCACUGAUAGCAAUUGAUAGCAAAUCCUUAAACAGCA